GCUGGUGGGUCAGCUGCUGUAAUUUGCUUCACAUGAGCAGAACGUUGGACCCGUUUCACUCAGCGCUCGCUCCAGUCUCAUGUCUGAAAUCUGCUUUUUCAAAACCAUGCUGCCCCCUCCUCCCCACAAUCCCACCUCUCAGUUCUCUUCCUGUUCUGUUAGGUGCUGCACUCUGCUUUUUCCUCUCAUCAGAUUUUUGUAAAUUCUUAUUUUAGCACACCUGAACCCGAGCCUGUAGGCCGAUGCGGACAUGACAGCAGAAAAGGAAAGUAAUGGAUGUGACAACUAUGGCUUUGCGCUGGAGGGACGUUUCUGUGACCUGCCCGACAAAGAAGUCGAGCUGGACUCCUCCAUGGAUGAGGACAAUAACAAACUGGCAUACAGUGUGACAGAUGUUCCUCCUUGGUACCUCUGCAUUCUUUUAGGCACUCAGCACUGUUUGACUGCAUUUGGGGGAAUCAUCGCCAUCCCUCUGAUCCUGUCUGAAGCGUUGUGUUUGCAACACGAUGGCCUUACACAAAGCUACCUCAUCAGCACAAUCUUCUUCGUCUCUGGUAUUUGCACGUUGCUGCAAGUUACCUUCGGCAUUAGACUGCCCAUUCUUCAAGGUGGCACGUUCACGCUGUUGGCUCCCUCCAUGGCGAUGUUGUCCAUGCCAGAGUGGACUUGUCCCCAUUGGACGCAAAAUGCCAGUUUGGUAAACACGUCGUCCGCAGAGUUCACGCACAUGUGGCAGAGUCGAAUGAGAGCAGACUACAGCGCUGAUCAUCCUGUUCUCGCAGUAUCUCCGUCACAUCGCCCUGCCUUUUCCUACAUACAGCAAGGAUAAAAAGCUUCACACUUCUCGAGUCUACAUUUUUCAAAUUCUCCCUGUUUUACUUGGGAUCACAGUCUCUUGGCUCAUCUGCUUCAUUCUGACCACCUGUAAUGUGCUUCCUGCUGAUCCAGAACACUACGGUUACCUCGCACGCACCGAUCUAAAAGGAGAAGUUAUAGGCAGAGCUCCCUGGCUUACUUUUCCAUACCCAGGACAAUGGGGAAUGCCGACUGUGAGCCUGGCAGGGGUAGUUGGCAUCCUGGCCGGUGUGAUUUCCUCCAUGAUAGAAUCUGUUGGGGAUUAUCACGCUUGUGCAAGGCUAUCUGGUGCUCCACCCCCACCCAAACACGCCAUCAACAGGGGGAUCGGUAUCGAGGGACUGGGCUGCCUGCUGGCAGGUGCGUGGGGUACUGGAAAUGGAACCACUUCUUACAGCGAAAAUGUUGGAGCACUUGGAAUCACAAAGGUUGGGAGUCGCAUGGUGAUCGUGGCCAGCGGCAUAUUCAUGAUUGUGAUGGGUAUACUUGGGAAAAUGGGCGCUAUAUUUACCACGAUCCCCUCACCGGUGAUGGGAGGAAUGUUCAUGGUUAUGUUUGGGGUCAUUUGUGCAGCAGGAAUUUCUAAUCUUCAAUAUGUAGACAUGAAUUCAUCCAGAAACAUCUUCAUUUUUGGAUUCUCCAUUUUUGCUGGUUUGGCUAUUCCCAACUGGGUUUUAAAGAACCCUAAAGCUAUUGCUACAGGCGUAAUCGAAGUUGAUCAGAUGCUGCAGGUACUUCUGACAACCAGCAUGUUUGUCGGAGGCUUCUUUGGAUUCAUUUUGGACAACACCAUUCCAGGAUCCAAACAGGAAAGAGGCAUCCUGUCCUGGAACAAGGCUCACGAGGAUGACUCCAGUGAAACACUCGAGAGUGGAGAAGUCUACAACCUUCCCUUUGGCAUCGGCUCGUACUUGUCCUCCUUCUCCUGGCUGCGGUACGUCCCCUUCUGCCCCCCUGGUUUACCCCAGUCCCACGAGCCAAAGCAGCCUCUGGGAACUCCGGGCUCCGGACAGAUCAUUAUUGGAGUCUAAAUUUGCCAUCCUGGAAAACCCUUYCAUCACAGGCAGCUCAGUUUACGGCCCGUCCUGAAGGCAUUGUACUGUAACAAUACAAACAUUUCAAGUGCCGCCUCCCAAUAAUAUCUUGCAGUACUUUGAUAACUUCCUUUUAACGAGUGUUUUUUUUUUAGUGCUGAGUCAACAUGUCGCAUGUAAGCUCAAAGUAAAUGACAUCUUUUGACUUUUCUUUAAAUUUGCUUGAGCUCACUUUAAAAUGUUACAAAGUCAAAGUAGAGACAAAACAAAACAAGACAUUUUGCUUCUUUUACACUGAAUUCCAUUAACUCUUAUUAUAUUUGUUGUAUGUUUUUUUACUCAACUAAACCUUCUCUGAAAACCACUAAUCACAUGAAAUGUAUGUUUUAUUUGGUUUAAAGUUUUAUUUCUGUCAAUGAACUUUUUCAGAGUGGUGCUAGAAGACAAAAAACUGCAAUAAAAGGCUUUUGAAUGUUGAAUCCAUAAUAUUUGAUGUUUAAAUGAAACAAAUUGUACAUUCAGUAUAUUUAUUUGUUUUAAACUUGAGCAAUUAUUUCAUUUUUUAAUCUUUUUGUGCACUUUAAUCAUUUCUGAUUACAUUUUCUGAGGUUUCUCAUGCUGAUUUAAACAAGAAAUGUAACAAUUUCUCAAUGUUCGAACUCAAACUUUCUCAUUGUAAUUUUUUUAAAGUAAAUUGAACUUGAACCAAC